AUGGCGGCUGCGAAGGAGAUCCUGACACGACCAGUGUUGGCGACGAUACGGCUUAGGGUUCCGGCCGGAGGGGCAAAACCAGUACAACCAAUCGCUCCGGCGUUAGGGCAGUACAAGCUUAACCUGAUGGCUUUCUGCAAGGACUUUAACGCUCGGACACAAAAGUACAAACCUGACACUCCGAUUGCCGUGACGAUAACGGCGUACAAGGACAAUUCGUUCGAUUUCACACUUAAAUCUCCGACAGUGUCGUGGUUCAUCAAGAAAGCAGCCGGAAUUGAUAAAGGGAGCACACGACCGGGACAUUUGACGGUGACGACGCUUUCGGUGAGACACGUGUACGAGAUCGCGAAGGUGAAGCAGACGGAUCCGUUUUGUCAGUAUAUGCCAUUGGAAUCGAUUUGCAAAUCUAUCAUUGGUACUGCUAAGUCUAUGGGGAUCAAGAUCGUUCAGGAUUUGGAGUAA